AUGAGCUCAUGGGCUGUUACUCGAAGAGAUGAAACGCAGGAAGCUGAUUAUGGAUCAAUGCAUCUGAAUGAGACACCCUGUCUAUACCGUUUGACAUCUGGGUUUUCUGGCUGCUCUGCUCAGUCCAUUGCUACUCGAUGGAUUGAAAGGAGUUUCGAACUAAAUAAUUUGACUUUAACGGAUUAUCAACGACGUGUUCAAGAAAUUCGACGUUCAGUUCGUCAAGGUAUCGAUUCAGCAGCAACAUGUACAGAUGGGAUUAUUCAUGCAUUAAAGCAAUUAAUUCAUAGUGGAUGGCUUAACAGCCGAUGGAAUUUAAUCAGUGUUGAUUGUGAUCACUUCGCAUCGGAACCAUGGGAAAAAAAUUUUGCUUGUUGUUAUCGUAAUGCUCAGUGUAUACUUUCAUCUUUAUUUCGGAUUCCUGAGUUUAGAAAACGUCUUUUUGGAUCCGUGUCUGCAAUGCCAUCCAUAUGGAAACUACAAGCUCUUUUGGAGUCUGCUUGGUCACUUGGUUUUGAUCCACUUGGUGCAUCCCAGAUAUCUUCAACGAUCAAUCCGAAUAAAAUUUCGUCUGGUGUCAAUCCUACAGGUUCUGAUGACAUGAUUUCUACAGAUAGUCGUAAUCUCGUUGGAAUUGUAGACAGUACUGCAUGUCUAGGUGCCACUGAUAUGGUUUCUCUUUUCGGAUCGAUAGGAAUACGUUCGUCAAUCAUAGAAUGUCGUGCCCCUUCCGGCCCUGGUGGAACUCACCCAUACCUCUUAACUCAUAUUUACUCUUAUAUUACCUCAGGUAAUAGUCAUGGAAUAUCGAAUGAGUCUGUCACACUCCCAAUGCUAUUACAACAUGAAGGUCACAGUCGUAUAGUUAUUGGUGUCGAAGUUGAUGAAGAUGACAAACCGUUAGCUCUCAUUGUUCUAGAUCCUGAUGUAUCGGCUGAAGCUAUGCGUCAAGUUAUCAAAGCAGCUGAUUAUUCUAUAUCUAGUCCGAGUAUAGAUUUAUCUCAUCUUUCUUUCGGAUCAUAUAAUUGGAUGGAUGUUUUAGGAAGUAUGCGUGUGGAUAUGACUCAGUUAGUUCAACCUCAGUAUCAACUGCUUCAAAUUAAUGGAUUAAUAGAAACGGAUUUAGAUCUCCAGGACGCCAUGGUUCCGGAAAAUGUUACAGUUGCGAUCUCAUAA